CUGCGUCACGUGACUCAGGUAAUGGGCAGCCCAGCGCACAGCCCCUUUGACCUGCAGCUUUCGGAUCGCGCAGCCCUGCCGACCCCCGCCAGCCCGAAUGAGUCAGCUGAGGCUGCUGCCAUCCCGGCUUGGGGCGCAGGCCAUGAGACUCCUGGUCCCACAUGAUGUCCAGCUGUUCAGCGGGCGGAGCAGGUCGUCUGGGCCACCAGUGACCUUUCCCAACAGCAAAGGUGGAGCCGGCUCCAGUUACAUGGAAGAGAUGUAUGUCGCCUGGUUGGAAAACCCCCAGAGUGUCCACAAGUCUUGGGACAGCUUUUUCCGGAAAGCCAGUGAGGAAGCCUCUGCUCAGCCACGACCGCCCUCUGUAGUCGCUGAGAGCAGGCCGGCAGUAUCCAGCCGGACCAAGACCAGCAAGUUGGUGGAGGACCACCUGGCUGUGCAGUCCCUGAUUCGGGCCUACCAGAUUCGAGGCCAUCAUGUGGCUCAGCUGGAUCCCCUGGGCAUUCUGGAUGCAGACCUGGACUCCUUUGUGCCCUCAGACUUAAUCACAACCAUUGACAAAUUGGCCUUCUAUGAUCUGCGGGAGGCUGACCUUGAUAAGGAGUUCCAGCUGCCCACGACCACCUUCAUUGGGGGUUCUGAAAAUACCCUUUCUCUGCGGGAAAUAAUUCGGCGCUUAGAGAACACAUACUGCCAACACAUCGGCCUGGAGUUCAUGUUCAUCAAUGACGUGGAGCAGUGCCAGUGGAUCCGGCAGAAGUUUGAGACGCCUGGCAUAAUGCAAUUCUCCAGUGAGGAGAAGCGGACCCUGUUGGCCCGGCUGGUGCGCUCCAUGAGAUUUGAAGACUUCCUGGCCCGGAAGUGGUCUUCAGAGAAGCGGUUUGGCCUAGAAGGCUGUGAGGUCAUGAUUCCUGCCCUUAAGACCAUCAUUGACAAAUCCAGUGAGAUGGGGAUUGAGAAUGUCAUCAUGGGGAUGCCACACAGGGGCAGGUUGAAUGUGCUGGCCAACGUGAUCCGCAAGGACCUGGAGCAGAUCUUCUGCCAGUUUGAUCCCAAGCUGGAGGCAGCGGAUGAGGGCUCUGGAGAUGUCAAAUAUCACCUUGGCAUGUACCAUGAGAGGAUCAACCGAGUCACAAACAGGAACAUCACUCUGUCGCUUGUGGCCAACCCCUCCCACCUGGAAGCCGUGGACCCCGUGGUGCAAGGGAAGACAAAGGCAGAGCAGUUCUACCGUGGGGAUGCACAGGGCAAGAAGGUCAUGUCCAUCCUGGUCCAUGGAGAUGCUGCCUUUGCUGGCCAGGGUGUGGUCUAUGAGACCUUCCAUCUGAGUGACCUGCCCUCUUACACAACCAAUGGAACCGUGCACAUUGUCGUCAACAAUCAGAUUGGCUUCACCACGGAUCCUCGGAUGGCCCGGUCCUCACCGUACCCUACUGACGUGGCCCGUGUGGUCAAUGCUCCCAUCUUCCACGUGAACGCAGAUGACCCAGAGGCCGUGAUCUAUGUGUGUAGUGUGGCAGCCGAGUGGAGGAACACCUUCAAUAAAGACGUCGUGGUGGACCUGGUCUGCUACCGCAGGCGUGGCCACAAUGAGAUGGACGAGCCCAUGUUCACACAGCCACUCAUGUAUAAGCAGAUCCAGAGACAGGUGCCCGUACUGAAGAAGUACGCCGAUAAGCUCAUUGCUGAAGGCACGGUCACCCUGCAGGAAUUUGAGGAGGAAAUUGCCAAAUACGACCGGAUCUGUGAGGAAGCAUAUGGCCGGUCCAAGGAUAAAAAGAUCCUUCACAUAAAGCACUGGCUGGACUCUCCCUGGCCUGGCUUCUUCAAUGUGGAUGGGGAGCCCAAGAGCAUGACGUGUCCAGCCACGGGAAUUCCUGAGGACAUGCUGACCCACAUUGGCAAUGUGGCCAGCUCUGUACCUCUGGAGGACUUCAAGAUCCACACGGGUCUCUCUCGUAUCUUGCGGGGCCGUGCAGACAUGACCAAGAAUCGGACAGUGGACUGGGCGCUGGCAGAGUACAUGGCCUUUGGCUCCCUGCUCAAAGAGGGCAUCCAUGUGCGGCUCAGUGGGCAGGAUGUGGAGAGGGGCACGUUCAGUCAUCGCCACCACGUUCUCCAUGACCAAGAAGUUGACCGGAGGACUUGUGUCCCCAUGAACCACCUCUGGCCAGACCAGGCCCCCUACACCGUGUGCAACAGCUCCCUCUCGGAGUAUGGAGUCUUGGGCUUUGAGCUGGGCUAUGCCAUGGCAAGCCCGAAUGCCCUGGUCCUCUGGGAGGCUCAGUUUGGCGACUUCCACAACACGGCCCAGUGCAUCAUCGACCAGUUCAUCAGCACCGGCCAAGCCAAGUGGGUGCGGCACAAUGGUAUCGUGCUGCUGCUGCCCCAUGGCAUGGAGGGCAUGGGCCCAGAGCACUCUUCAGCCAGGCCGGAGAGGUUCCUGCAGAUGAGUAAUGAUGACUCGGAUGCCUACCCCACUUUUACUCAGGACUUUGAGGUGAGCCAGCUCUAUGACUGUAACUGGAUUGUGGUCAACUGCUCCACCCCAGCCAGCUACUUCCAUGUGCUGCGCCGGCAGAUCCUGCUGCCCUUCCGGAAGCCGCUCAUUGUCUUCACACCCAAAUCUCUGCUGAGGCACCCAGAGGCCAAGUCCAGCUUUGACCAAAUGGUAUCUGGGACCAGCUUCCAGCGGGUGAUUCCUGAGGAUGGGGCUGCAGUACGGGCCGCUGAGCAGGUGCAGCGGCUCAUCUUCUGUACGGGAAAGGUGUACUAUGACCUGGUGAAGGAACGGAGCAGCCAGGGCCUGGAGGACAGGGUGGCCAUUACUCGCUUGGAGCAGAUUUCUCCAUUCCCUUUUGACCUGAUCAAGCAAGAGGCAGAGAAGUAUCCAGGCGCUGAGCUGGUGUGGUGCCAGGAGGAGCACAAGAACAUGGGCUACUACGACUAUAUCAACCCCCGCUUCAUGACCAUCCUGGGCCGGGCGCGGCCUAUAUGGUAUGUUGGCCGUGACCCAGCAGCUGCACCAGCCACAGGAAACAGAAAUACUCACCUGGUAUCUCUGAAGAAGUUUCUGGAUACUGCCUUCAAUCUCCAGGCCUUUGAGGGCAAGACCUUUUAGAAUUGAGCAAGACCUCCCUGUGUCUUGCCAGGGAGUUGUUUGAGGGAGGGAGGAAUGUGGGGCUAGCUAGGGAGCGAUUGAGCUGCCUAGGAGGGGGGCUGUGGAGGGGGGACUAGGAUAAGACAUACUCAUGCAGAGAUUGAGGUCAAAGAGUAGUCCCCACCAAUUGUGGUGUCAGGCCAGCUUGAAGCAUCGUGUUAAUUUCAGAAUCUGUUUGGACUGAACAAACCAGAGGGUAAAAGAUGGUUCUGGAGCAAACUCUGCAGAUAGGUUCCCAGAUGUCCUUGUUUCUGGUCUUUCCCAUCUUAGCAGAUGUAGCUGCUACUCACUCUGUCCUUGUUUAGCUGUAGACUCAAAGAAUUAUUUUCUUUUGUGCUCUUAGAAGUAGAGAUUUAAGCAAUAACCAUCAGGUGAAGCAGAAGCAUGCCAGGUGAUUUAUGGGGCGUGUCAUAAUCAGAUAUGUCAGCUUCUGUGUGAAAUACAGCCGCAGCUCAUGUGUGCCAAAGUAGAAACCAAGUAACAGUGAAAUUAAAAAAAAGUUCAAAAAAAUGAUCAUGAGA